AGUAUAUACUUGGAGAGCAGUCGAUAUUUUUUUGCAAUCCGAAUUGUUCAACAAUUUAAGCGUAGUGUGUGUUUUUCUUUUACCAUUUUUGAGCGAUCGCGAUGAGAAUUUGUUUUAGCUUUUAAAAAUACCAUCUUUCUCCCAUAACACUAACAACAACUCAGCGCGAGUGAGUGAAUAUUGUGCCUAUGCAACUGUGAGUGUGAAGCAGUGUUGCGGUCUCGUUAAACGCGAACGAACCCUACACUUUUGUUGGUGUUUGGUUAUCAUCGUUACGGUUACCACAUAUCCAAAGACUAGCAGCAGAGUAAACCUCUCAAAGACUUUGUGUCAACAUGCAAGUAAAUGAACAGCAAAAUAUACAGGCAAGCGCCCGUUUAUGUGAUGCCAUUAAAUGGCAUCCCUGCCUUUAUGAUUCCAAAUCAAAAGUGUAUCAAAUGAAACAUGCGGUCGAUGCAGCUUGGCGCUCUAUAGCAAAUGAAUGCGAAGAUACAGUGGCCAACUGCAAAUUUCGCUGGCGUGUCAUCCGAAAAUCGUUCGCCAUUGCCUAUCGCAAACAUGGAGCCAAAAAUAAGCAUUAUCUUAAGGAAUAUCUUCAGUAUUUGGUGCCGCAUGUCAACAGCAUCGAUAUAAAUGAAAGAGUCAGUGGCGCUGAAAGGGUCGAAACCAUGCAGCAUGAAGAGGAGGCAGAAGAGAGCGAAGGUGACGAGGCCGAGGAGUAUGAAGAAGAUCACAUUGAAGAUGAUGCCGAAGAAUUCGAACACAUAGAGGAAGAAGAAAAUGAAGAGGAGUAUGAGGAACGAGAAUAUAGACCUAAAGUGGAUCAACACACAGAUGAACAGGAAAGUGAGACCUCAAGUGCUGAGGAAACUGUCAAAGACAAAUUCACUGGAAGAGCAAGUCGCAACCGAGCAAACGCCUCAAAACUAGACGACACCCAUGAUGAGGAUGGCGACAGCCAACAAGGACGCCGCAUUUCACGCACUCGUAAAGCUACCAAACGCUAUCUAGAAUCUGGACUGUGCGAUAGUCGCAAAAAAGAGCGACAAGAUGAAAAACGUCCUCGCAUUUCGUUUGAAAGUAACAACAAAAAAUCCCACAGCUCCAGUCCAGCUUUACAGGAGCCGGAAAAACGUAAAACACCCAUGACAGCAAACUUACCAAAUAAAAGGGUGGAAGUAAAGCUGGUAAAGACCAAAAUCAAUGAGCCCGAACCAAAACCGGUGGAGCCGAAAAAACCUACCCCUGAGGCAGCUGGCAAGUUUAAAGUAACCUCAACCGAUAAGAGUCGCACUGUAAUGAUAAAGGUAAGCAAGCCGACGGAAAACACAGACAGCACCGUUGUAAAACGUUAUACAAUAUCUGCACCGGCGGAAAUCAAGAAAUGUGCCAACCAAAGUACCCAAUGCGACAAUGAUAAACCCAAAACUCUGGAUGAAGAAUUUCUGGAUUCCAUAAAACCACAAAUGGAACUUAUGAACAGCCGACAGAAAUUCAAUUUCAAGAAGCGCGUUUUUCAAGCUCUCAUGGACGUUUUUGAUGACGCCACCAAUUUCCCCAAUAAAGGCGAGGUUAUCGAUUUGCCAGCCACCGGGGCUCCACGUUACGAAAACACUACUUUGGGAGAACUGCGUUUGAUAAGGGAACUGGUGCAUUUGGUGCAAGCUGCCAAAACAACUCCAGAAAUAAUGGAGGCCAACGAAAAAGUGGAACUUCCCAUUGAAAGUUCAGUCACAUCUUCGCCCUCUGACAAAGGGGAUAAAUCAGAUAAAAAUCAGGGCAACAUUGUGGUGGCAGCCGAACGUAAAUCCACCACUACUGUGCAGGUAUUAAAAAACAAAGAAACUCUAGGGUUGCCACGUCACAUUCUGCAAAAAGUAGUCAAGGUAGCAGGGUCCAAUGGAGGCACCAUCUUAGCACAUGAGGGAGAAAAGAGACGGGUCUACCGCAUAUACCCCAAGGGAACCUUGCCACCAAGUGUGGCCAGUGCAACCAACUCCAAUGUAGCUUCAACGGCCAUAGGCACUUUUUAUGUGACACCACCAAAAACUACUACGGCCGCCUUAAAUCCGCAAACCAAAACAGUGGCCGUUCCACCAACAGCCACGUUGGGAACUGUGAAUGGUAAACCGAUUACUUUCAAUGGUAAGUUUGUCAGCCACGUAAAAACAUCAUCAUCAUCAUCACAACCAAUGGCGGUGGCCACUGCAAACCCUGUAAUUGGCCGUCCAAGGUUAAGCGCACGCCCUACGGCUGCGGAUAUGAUGAUUGAAAGGCGCCGUUCGUCUCAGGGAAGUACUGGACCAAAUAUCGGACCCAUACCAGCUUUGCAAAACAAAAAUGUAACUUCAACCAAUGCGCAGAAACUGACACCGCCCGCAUUGACCCGAGCCCCCAAGCCGCAACAGCAGCAGGUGGUUAAUUGGGAUGACAACGAUAAGCCAGCGCCUUCAACUGGCCUAGCCCAAAUACAAAUCUCUCAGCCCAUCAGCUUGAAUGCUGCCGCCAGUUCAUCGAGCAGUGUAAAGACAUUCUUAGAAUCGGCUGGGGAAAAUGAGGGGCCCGGCGACAACUCACCCAACACAAUUUUGCCCGAUGGUGGUAUGGUUGAUGAGGAGGAUACAGGCAAUUUAAUAACAGGCGAUGGUUACGAUCCUCUUUUCAUUAAAUCCCUAAUCAAAGAUGAACCCUCGGAGUAGAAUUUUCGACCAUAUAUUUUUUUUUAAUGAAUCAUAAUUCUAUUUUAUUUUGCAUCAUAAUUUAAUUUGAAUAGGCUUUCAUUUCAUGUUUUAUCCUCAUAAAAAAAGGAAAUUCGUUUUUUUCUUGAACUCUACAAAUUUUGCACUGUACAUAGCCGUAAUAUUUCUCACCAAUGUUCAAUUUGAAAUAAAAUAAAAACAUCAACAACAUUCAAAGUAAUUCCAUGUUAAUAAAAAAUGCUUUACGUAUGAUUGCGUA